CCCUUGUUGCUGCUGGGCGGAGUUUUGUGUCUGUUGCAGCACUUUGCUAACACUGCGCGGUGUAAGUGGUUCUUUCUAACCCCUGACAGUCUCCUUAAUCAGCUGUAAGCUGACUGACAUUCUCUACCAGGAAAGUAAUCGUGUGAAAUGAAGAGAAAAGGCGCAUUUUGAGGCAGCAGCUGCGGUUACACAGCGAAACGUGGCUCUUGCGUCAGUCAGCUCGAGUAUUGGGACACUUUCAAAGUUGCUCAGAAAUCACAAAUUCCGGUCAAUAUUUACAAAAGCAGGUUAGUGAUUAACUGUGCUGGGUUGCAGCAGCUGCACACAGUCCCAGCACACAGUCCCAGCACACAGGCAGCGAGCAGCUCGGCCACUCAGUCCGCUUCACAAUGCUGUGCGUCCGGGCAUGGAGAGGUCUGAGUCCCCUGCGCACAGGAGCUCACCUGUCGGCAUGGAAACGAAGCCAGAGCUACACAGCGGCUGCUAACCUGGACCUCAGCGGGAUCUAUCCGCCCAUCGCCACCCCGUUUACCGCCGAGGAGCAGGUGGACUACAAGAAACUGGAGGGAAACCUGCAGAAAUAUGCCAAGAUAGCGUUCAAAGGUCUGGUGGUUCAGGGCUCCAACGGUGAGUAUCCGUACCUGACGGAGGAGGAGCGGGUGGAGGUGGUGAGGACGGUCAGACAGUCGCUGCCGGCGGACAAACUGCUGAUGGCCGGAUCAGGCUGUGAAUCCACGAGAGCCACAGUCCAGCUCUCGGAGAAGAUGGCGGCAGCCGGAGCCAACGCCGUCCUUGUAGUAACGCCCUGCUUCUACAAGGGCAAGAUGGACAGCCGCGCUCUGAUCCAGCACUUCACCAAGGUGGCGGACAGCAGCCCGGUGCCGGUGGUUCUGUACAGCGUGCCGGCCAACACGGGCCUGGAGCUGCCGCUGGACGCUGUGCUGCAGCUGUCUCAGCACCCAAACAUCCUGGGCCUGAAAGACAGCGGAGGAGACAUCACACGGAUCGGCCUGAUCGUUCACAAAACCAAAACGCAGGAUUUCCAGGUGUUGGCGGGCUCAGCAGGGUUUCUCAUGGCCGCCUACUGUGUCGGUGCAGUUGGCGGAGUGUGUGCGCUGGCUAACGUGCUAGGCCCGGAGCUGUGUGAGUUGGAGCGUCUGUGUGUGUCCGGUCGCUGGGAGGAAGCCAGAGUCCUGCAGCAGCGCCUCAUCGAGCCCAACGCAGCCGUGACCAGGAACUUAGGAGUUCCCGCCCUCAAGCAGGCGAUGGAGUGGUUUGGUUACCACGGCGGCGCCUGUCGAUCACCUCUUCAGCCGCUCACAGAGGCCGAGACGCAGCAGCUGAGGCGGGACUUCUCCUCCAAUGGCUGGCUGUGAGGUGACCUGGGCAGAGAGUGUGUGUGUGUGUGUGUUCACUUCACCUUUUAGCUGUUCCGUCCUUUCAUCUGUCAGAGGGGGGAAGAAUGCAAGAAUCUGCUGCUGCCUCACAGCCCUCCAUUAAUAUACCAAAAACCUAAUCAUCUUAUUCAGUUUAAAUAAAAUAUACACGUUAAGUUCACCUCACUCGUGGCUGCAUGCAGCAAUGCAGUGAGUGAUGUUUUAUAUCAUACUUUAUACUUUAGGCAAGGAGGUUCCAAAAUAAUUUAAAAUCCACGUUUUGUUGAAGUGUAUGCAGAAUGGUCUGCUUGGACUAAUUAAAAUUACAAUAAUCUGUAAUUAUACCAAUUGUGUUCAUUGCUAAAGUUUCCCUGCUGGACACAAGAUGUCUCCUUCCUUCACUGUGAAGUCCAUUCUCAGUGUCUGUGCUGGUGGAUCUCACUGUAGAAGUUGCAUACUGGACCAGGAUUGAUUUGAAGCCACAGAUUAUGCUCGUAGGCCCAGCCCCUUAAAAUCUGAUUAUCAGUGAGCUCAGAGAAACUUCCAUUUUUCAGUCAGAUGAAUGUAGAAACAUCUUUCUAGUGUCUUAUGUCACCCUUUUUGCAGACUGGAUGAUGGAUCAAUCAUUGUGUGCCACUGAACUGACAACUGCUGAAAAACGACGUUCUGUUCUUAUUCAUUCUUCUGUUUCCUUUACACUCAAACUAAUCACCACAAAGCUGUUAGUUCCGAAUAUUCAGUGAGGUCAGAGAAAUGUUGUGCAGUAAGUGUUGUAUGUGCACUUGUUUUGACAAUAAAACUGCAUUUUACUU